AUGUUUCCUGCUGUGAACUCCUAUUCCAACUCCAUCUCUGAAGAUGAUAUUCAUCAUCAUGCCACCAUUAUUCCACAAGGCAUUAUUUCUAGGGUUCAUGCUGACGAUCAUUUUGGAACCCUAAAUUCAGUUCUUCAAAAUAGUACACUUAACAUUAAUAAUUCGUCUCAUCAGCUUCAGCAGCAGCAGCAGCCACAAAAACCCAAGAAAAAAAGAAACCUCCCAGGAAAUCCAGACCCAGAUGCUGAGGUGAUUGCCCUUUCCCCCAAAACCCUUUUGGCCACAAACCGAUUCGUUUGUGAGAUUUGCAACAAGGGCUUCCAGAGGGAUCAAAACCUUCAACUCCACAGACGAGGCCACAACUUGCCGUGGAAGCUCAAGCAAAGAAACGGCAAAGAGACGAAAAAACGGGCUUACGUUUGCCCCGAGCCCACUUGUCUCCACCACCACCCGUCGAGGGCACUUGGCGAUCUCACGGGAAUCAAGAAGCAUUACUGCAGAAAACAUGGCGAGAAAAAAUGGAAAUGCGAAAAGUGUUCGAAGGUUUAUGCAGUUCAGUCUGAUUGGAAGGCUCAUUCUAAGACAUGUGGGACGAGGGAGUAUAGAUGUGACUGUGGAACUCUUUUCUCCAGGAAGGACAGCUUCAUCACCCACCGUGCAUUCUGCGAUGCUCUUGCCGAGGAAAGUGCUCGUCUUUCUGCGGCCACAAACAACCCGAUCUUGACCCCAAACCCAAAUAACCACCCGAUCUCGGCCCAAAACCCUAACAACUCAACUCUAUUCCACUUCAAUCCCCAAACUACCCUUCCAAUCUCCGACCACAGUCGCCGCCACCCGUGGGACCCACCGCCGCACCACCACCGCCAAAACCCUAAUAAUAACAACCAUCCCUUCAACAUCAUCAAACGGGAAAACGGCGUCCACGUCAUCAACAACUUGGACUGCAUCAUCAACAACAACAAUAACCACUCGAUCCUCGUGCCGCCGGCCACCGGAGGUGGCCCACCGCCACUGCCACUCUCGGCCACCGCGCUCCUUCAGAAGGCAGCGACGACGGUGGGAAGCACCCAAUCGGGCCCCGUGGGGUCCGCCAUGGCCCACCUAGACAUGCACCACGUUGUGGGGCCCGCAUGGAGCGGCGGAGGAGAAGACGACGGGUUCACGAGGGAUUUUCUAGGGCUGACCGGAGGAGGAGGAGGAGGAAACAUGGCCAUGAAGUUUCCGGCGGUGUUCGAUUAUCCGGGGUACGGAUUUGCGGCGGAGACAUGCUUGGGUUGGGGCAAAUAUUAA